AUGGUUUAUCAGGAUGGACAGUACCAAAUUGUACUGAAGUAUCAGACAGUGGAUGGCCGUGUAGUUGAGGCCUUCCUGACGUGCCAAGUUCCCAUGAACCAUGAAUGCAGUCUGCCAUUUGAACAGCGGUUAGCCUGUGGACCCAGAUCUGUUUCAGCAGUUGCAUGCCGUCAGCUGGGUUGCUGUUACUGCCCAGAUACUCAGAUCUGCUACUACCCUAUGGAUGAAUGUACAGCUGAUGGGCAUUUCGUUUUCUCCAUCCCUGCAUCGCUCACAGAUCCACCCCUUUCACCUGACCUCUUGGUAGCAGCUGGCAACAGCUCCUGCACUCCUCAAAAAGUGGUGGCUGACUUGGCUCUCUUUAAGAUCCCGUUGGAUGGCUGUGGUGCUCGCAAAUAUGAAGUGGGCAACACUGUGAUCUAUAUGCUGGAGAUCUUGAACACUUUGCAGUCUGUCACUCUCAACUAUGGAACCAUAACCAGAGUGUCACCAUUUAGGUUGUUGGUUGAGUGCCGGUUCCUGCCUGGCAGCGUGGCGAGCGUGGGUUACCUGGUUAAAAGUCCAACUCUUGGCCCAGCCAUUCAGGCCCAGGGAGUGUUUGGAGUUCAACUCAGGAUUGCAAAAGACCAGCAGUAUAGUAGCUACUACCCACAAUACCACCGGCCUCUGCGCAAGCUGCUGGGGAAACCCCUUUACCUGGAGGUGCGUCUGCUGAACCCUGUAGACCCCAGUGCAGUGCUGUUGGUGCAUUACUGUGUGGCGUACCCUCGCUCAGCACAUUCAGCAUGGGUCCUCCUCUAUGAUGGCUGCCCAAACCCCUUUGAUGUCACACCAUCCCAUGAAACCCCUGCCACUCUGCCAGAAGGAAUGGCCAAUCAUGUGAGGCGAUUCACCGUCAGUACCUUUCAGUUCCUGGAAAACAGUAGGAAGGAAAUGGUACCUGGUGAGGAUGUGGAGGAAGUGGAAGAGAAUGGAGAGGAGGAAGAGAUCUAUUUUAUGUGUGCUACUGAGGUGUGUUUACCAUCUGAAGGUCCAUGUGUAGAGGGCUGUAUCGAUAGUGAGUACCUGACACUUUCCUCAUGA